ACACAAGUGUGACAUCAGUGACAGUUACCUACACCUACUGCAAUUACAAAAUAUAAUAAUGCUCCUCUCAGCAUUGUUUAUUCGAUUUAUUCUCGGCAAUCUGUCAGAUGUUAGGGGCUGAUCGGUUCUCAGUCGACUUUCAACAGGUCGAACGAAUUUGUGGAAACGGAAUUUUGGAAUUUUCGUAUUGAGAUAACACUUUGAUCGCCGAAAAAAAUAUAGCGGCAUACGAAAAUCACGUACCUCUUUUUUUAUUGCGUGUGUGUCCGUAGAAAUAGCUUUGUUUACAAUGCUUCGUGUUGUCCCGAAGAAUGCUUCAAUUCUUUAAGAAAUCCGGCCAAAGAGACAAAGCCAGAUCGAAUUCAGGUGUUUUAUCAGCCAGUCCUAAAAAUCCAACAGGAAAAAAUGCACGAUAUUCCAAUUCGACGACUGCUCAGGCAGGCACGAUUUGUAGCCUCGAGGAGGAAGAGGAGGAGAGUUUUGAGUCCAACGUAAUGGACGAUCGGACUUAUUUCUGUUCUCGACUUUCCAAAACACUCGGGGAGAUCCUUGCGGAUAAAGGUGCUCUCGGUUAUUUCAUACAGUUUAUGGACAGACGUGGCUCACUAGCACUUAUCAAAUUUUGGAUGGAGGUAGAAUGCACUUGUGGCCCGUGUGUCACUGACGACAACACAACCCUCUAUCCAGACUCAAAAAAUUACAAAUUGCGGUCCACUGAGCUUCUCAAUAAAGAUUUUUCCCAAUUUGGUCAAGAUCAAUUUAACGUUGAUGUUGUAAAUAGUAACGAGACAGAUCCAAAUGUCAACCAGGUUAUGAAAAACAGCCGACGCAUAAGUCUUAGACAACCAGUAUCAACUAUCAAACAAGAUGCGUUCAGAAUUUAUAAUAAAUAUAUCACCAAUGAUUCUUCGCUUGCAAAUGGUAUAUCCGACCAAGUCAAAGAUGACAUAGAAAAAUCUCUCAAGUGCGACAACAUCCAACCACUCAUCAGUUGUUUGAAAACUGUACAAGCAAGUGUUUAUAAAACACUUGAGGACGAGUACGUGAAUGAUUUUUUGAGGAGCGAGUUCCAUUGUAAACAUCAAAUUGAUGUUCUAACAAGCGGCGACGUUAAACUCUCUGAUAUACUCUACAACGAAACUGCUUUCUUCUAUUUCAUGGAAUUCAUGGAACUUGAGAACAAACGAGAAUUGUUGGAUUUUUGGAUGACAGCAGUUAACUAUAAGCAAAAUUUGUUAGAGAAAAAUGUCAGCCUCGAUCCCAGUGAGGCUCAAACUGAUGCUCUCAUUAUUUAUGACAAGUAUUUUAGUCUUCAAGCAACGAUGCCACUGGGGUUCUCAGAUAAAAUACGUUUCCAAGUUGAACAAAAUAUCUGUCGGGAAGGGGGCGACGGACCACAGCCGGACUGUUUCGAUCAUCCCUGCAUUAUUGUAUAUAAUUUCCUCAGUAAGCACUACCUGCCUGCAUUCUUAUCUUCCCAGUUGUAUUAUAAAUACUUAUCUGAACUCAUCGGGACCAUUCAGAGUAGCGCUUGUACUGGUCUUCAACAAACGCGUGUAAGGAGAGCCGGUUCCGAUUGUAGCAGCGAAAUAAGCUCGUUCAGUACCCAGGAAACGAACAUGAGCGGACACAUUGAAACGAACCGAACCGACAAUGAAAAUACAAGAAAUAAUAAUGGGAGCAUGAGCAUAGAUACCAGACAAUUGUACGAUCCAGAUUCACUUUGGAAAAGAGCAAAGAGCACGCUUAGUGUCGGUUACGUUGAUGAUAUGGGAAGAUUCGUCACAGAAAUCGAGCCAGAUCCGCGAAGAAAAUACGAGUCUCGACUGACGCGUGCGGUUAAACGUUUUAUACACGUCGAACAAGAUAAGGCAAAAGAAGAAUUGGCGUGGAAAAUAGCGGAGAUGAUAGUACGCGAGAUAACAUCUCUGACGCUGGGUGAUCGUGACGUUUCGACGUGAUGGAAUUUGUCUUAUUUACCAUUAUGGCAUACUUAGCCAUCGAUAACUGCGUUGCCAAGAUGGCAGCUGACGAAAUUGGCUCUUGUGUAGCAGGAACGAAAAUACGAUAAAAGAGCAGAAUUAUUAAAUGAAGAUCAGUUCGUCGUGCACUGUCGAAAAAUCAAAGGCUCUCUGAUAAAAAAAAAAACUUGAUCUACUUACGAUUGCACGUACUUGCUCGAUGGUGAGCAAAAAGAAAAGAGAAUGAAACUAAUCAAAAUCAAUUAAUUACUCGGCUUAAGUAAUUGAAAUAUAAGAUUAUGAAUCACUCGUUUGAAAUGGUCAGACAAAUUGAGUGAUUAAGAUAAAAUUAAAUGCAUAAUGUGAAGUGAUUCGAACGUAUUGAUUAUUAUGUACGCGAUGAUAAGUUUCAUCAAUGAUAGAGGAGGAGUGGUGAAUUCGUCUUGAAUUUAACCAUCUACUUAAGUGAGAUUAUACGAUAGUAUCAAAUUCGUUUUUUAUGUUCGUAUCCAGUUUUUUUGUGUACGUUUAGCGAGAUCAUUUAUGAAAACGUUGAUGUAUUGCUGCUGUUUUUUCUUUUUUUUUUUUUAUUUUGUUCCAAUUAUUAUGAUGUUAUUUUCUUGAACAAAUGAAAUAGACUCUACGGAACUAGACAAAGUUUCUCAAACUGCGACAACAAGAGAACGAAAAGUUUCUACGAAAUCUAAAAUAACCGUUUUCAUCAAUUGCCACAGAGAUCGCAUUGAAUAAAGUUUGCUCCAUUUUUAUGCCUUCAUAUUGGAAAAACAAUCCUAAUGAGGUAUAGUGUCUACGUUUAAAAUUAUCGUCGUCUUCGGUGCUGACACGAACGAACAAACUGUAUUCCUAGUUACGUAGUUGCGUGACUCAGGAAACUCGUCUUUAAAUACAUGAUAAAUGAUAUUUUUUUAACGUUUUGAAAUUUUUGUUGAAUAUAUAUUGUUGUUCAUUAGUAUUAAAAAAUAACGGUCACGUUUUCAAACAACAAUUUACCACAGUCGAUUCUGGAUGUGUCAAAAAAUCUUCCCAUGAGGCUCGAAAUUUACCACAACGGAAGUCAGAGUUGAUUUAAAAAAUUGAUUUAGAGAAGAAAAAUGUUGAACCGAAACGGCGAAAAAAUGAUGAGAUUAUUCGAUAGUGAGAGGAUGGAAAAAAUUGUACAAUAGUUACAACUCAUUUGAGAACUAAUUGCGCGGAAACUAUGAUUGAAAAUAACGAGAAAAGUUUAUACAAUUUGAGACUUCGAUGUAUGAAAAAAUGGAAAACGUUAAAGUGUGUAUAUGUAUAAAUAGAUAUAUCUAUAUUUUUCGACGUAUGGCUUUUUCGGAUAUCGCCGAAGGUGCUUGUUUCCCCUGAAGAGUAAGGAAAACGGAUCUAAUACAAGUAGAAGAAAGAAAGAACGAAAUGAAAAAUUCUUCCGAUUGAGAGCUGAGUGAUAACGUAUUUUUCUUUUCGAUACUAUUUUGUACAUAACGAAUAAUUCUGUACAACUAACUGUAAAAUUUAAGUUUGUCAAGAAUAAAAUACGGAAAAGAGUAUUGAA